CAGCCAGAGUCAGUAGUGGAAGAAUUUCACAGCCUACCGCACAACAGCUGAGAAAUUCCGUCGUUUGCUGUUCCUUCACCAGGAUCAGUUUGUUAUGGUCCGUUGUUUAGUGUACACACAUCCUGCUCCCGGUGCCGGCACUUUGGGAAUUCUGUUACGCGAAUGUGAUCUAUUGUAACGGAAACAAAUCGGAGGUGAUCGUGUAAAGAGUUUGUUUUUUUUUUACUGUUGUGAUUUAUUUGUGUCGAACACGUGCUUGCCUGCUCCAGAAUGGGUGAAGAUACCAGCAGUAGCGACGAUUCUCGAUCUAGUUCUUGUGGGAAUCUGAAAGCCGAAACCAACGGAAUCAAUCAACGUGCCCGCCAUGAGUACAAAGAAGAAAUAAUGAAGGAUAUGACCAUCGACAAGAUGCGAGAAACGAUGAAUGCCAUGGUCCACGGUCUGGAGAAAGACGUCUCGCGGAAGCUGGAUCUGCUCGUCGAUGAUUUGCUGAGCGAGGUGAAGUUGUUCAAUUUGAAAAACUACGAGCUGCGAGAACUCUUCCGGGAUUCAAGCUCGUCGUCGCUGAGCAAUGGAGCCGCAAAGGACGGCAAGGGCGCCAAAUUGGACCGCCGAAAACGAUCUCCGAGCGGUAAACUGCCGGAUAAGGAAUUCGUCGCCCGCAACUCGCUGCUUACCGAUCUUUUCGAAGUCAAGCACAUCAAGACGAUCUACCAUAUCUUUAUUGUGAUACUGAUUAUCAUGUUCCUGAACACGGUCGUGCACGAUUUUGUUGAUCGAGGAAGCAUCAACCUAGGAUUUCGACCGAUCGUAGGCGGCUUUGGAAACUUCCACAUCUCGCUACUGCUCUGGAGUUGCAUGCAGCUUUUGACACUAUGCGUUUAUCCGUGUUUUACUGCAUGGGCUCAAAUUCGAAGGAGUUUAACAAAAAAUGAUCUCCGGAAAACCUGGGACAUUAGCGCCUUGUUCGCCAUGGUUCUGUACCAAUGUUGCUUCAUCGUGUUCGUCAUCAAAGCCGUUUUGUGGCUGGAUCUGCCACCGGCAGCAUCAGUAGCAGUUCUCAUGGAGAUGACCCGGUUUACCAUGAAGGUUCAUGCUUUCGUACGUAGUAACGUACCUCGUGCACUGAACGCUUCCAGUGGAGUUAAACGAUCAUCCGAGGACAAGCCAACCUUUACCGAACUGGUUCCAGCGUUCUCCAAGUUCACGUACUUCCUGUUUGCACCGACUCUCGUCUACCGGGAUGAGUACCCGCGAACCAAGCGUAUCCGAUGGUUUGUGGUCACCAGACACGUGCUGGAGGUGAUCGGAGUCAUUUUCUACAUCAGCUUCAUAUUCGAGCGGUUCCUGAAUCCCGUUUUCGAUCACUUUGGAAACGAUCAAAUCAGUGCGGGAAAGUUUGUGCUGUCCAUGUUUAGUAGCGUUAUGCCAGCGUCCUUAACCUUUUUAUGUGGAUUUUACUGUCUACUCCAUGCAUGGAUGAAUGCCAGUUCGGAGCUGCUUCGCUUUGCGGAUCGAAUGUUCUACCGGGACUGGUGGAACGCGUCUUCCUUUGCCGAGUACAUCCGCUCAUGGAAUGUGGUCGUACACGAUUGGUUGUAUACCUACAUCUAUAAGGACUCGGUCGAGCAUUUGUUCAAAAACUGUAAACCUCUAGCGACGAUACUGGUCUUCACCGUGUCCGCUGUAUUCCACGAAGUAAUUCUAGCAUUCGCCUUCCGGUUCUUCUAUCCGGUGAUGUUUGUGCAAUUUGAGUUCAUGGGGCUGCUUUUGAUGUUCGUGACUAGGAACAUGAGUAAGGACGUUGGCAAUAUUUUGCUGUGGUUUAUGUUGUGCGUUGGAAAUGGGAUUCAGCUUAGUCUCUACAACAUGGAGUACUACGCCAGAAGAAACUGUCCAGUAAGUGGGGAUUCGCUGGUAGAUUACAUGAUACCAGUUUCGUGGUCCUGCAAUGGAAUCUCGCAUAAUCCCAACUGGACCAUCACCGGACCAUGGGUGAUGGAUUAGUUAGCUAUAAGGUGUUACCAAUUAAGAUGAAAUUUAUAGAUUGUUCAAUUAUUGUUUAGGUAAAAUAUACAAGACUGCUCACA